AAACCCCCCUCCUUCCUCCUCUGCAUGCCUCAACAACCCGUCUCCAAGAAACCACCUCCCCUCGCUCCAAUCCCAAUCCAAAUCCUUCGCCACGAACCAAUAGAACCCAAUCCGAUCAGUUCCCCCCACGCAAUUUCCCAUCUGAGUUUCAUCUCUUUCUUUUUCACCGAUAAUAAAGAUCCGAUCGAUCGGAGUCCGGCGGCAGCUAAUUCACCGGCGGGAUUGGAGAUGAAGGUCGACAGGGAAAUGGAGAUUCUGCUCAACGAGAUCCCCCUCCUCCACCACGGUGGCCUCCUCGGCGGCAGCGGCGAGGCUGGUGCGGACGACGACGCCGACCUCUCUUUCCUCAUCCACGAACUCGCCGCGAUGGGCGUCGUGGACGGCGACGACGAGCCACCGGCGCCGGGCGCUGCCAACGGCUUCGGCUUCUCCAGCAUGAUGAUUUACCCCAAGAAAGGCGGCGAGAAUCUGGUAUCCCUGCACCCGUUCUCCAUGGCCGGCCACUGCGCGCACAUGCCGUCUCUGUUUGAUCCCGUCACCUUCGCUGCCGCCGACGGCUGGGACAUCCGGUGCUCCCCGCCGCCUUCUGUUUCUGUGUCGCCACCGCCCGCCACGCCGAGGGCCCGGUGCAAGAACGUGAGGAGGAAGAACGGCGGCUGCGGCGCGGUGACGGCGACGAGCCCCAAGAAGUGCGGAGCCGCGGCGGCGGCGGCGGCGGCGGCGGCCAACAAGUCGCACGGCGAGAGCCUGGCCGGCCUGCGCGGGGUCAUGUCCCACAUCGCGCGCGACCAGCACGGGUGCCGGCUGCUGCAGCAGAGGCUCGACGACGGCAAGCGCGAGGUCGACCACAUCUUCGCCGGCGUGUCGCGCCACGCCGCGCAGCUGAUGGUGGACCCGUUCGGGAACUACCUCAUGCAGAAGCUGCUCGCCGUCUGCGACGCCGGGCAGAGGAUGGCGCUCGUGCUCACCCUCACCGCUGACGCCUUCGUCCUCGUCAGGAUAUCCCUCAACGUCCAUGGGACACGGGCAGUGCAGAAGCUGAUUGAGAGCCUGAGGACAAGGGAAGAGAUUAGUCUUGUCAUCGAUGCUCUGCGCCCGGGGUUCUUGGAGCUCAUCAAGGAUCCUAAUGGCAAUCAUGUCGUGCAAAAGUGUUUGCAGGCGUUUGAAGCCGACGAUAACAAGGCGAUAUUUGAUGCUGCUGCACUCCACUGUCUCGAUAUCGGGAUGCAAUGCCACGGUUGCUGUGUCCUACAGCGGUGCAUUGCACGAUCGCGUGGUGAGCACAGGGACAAGCUGGUUGCUGCCAUUGCUGGCAAUGGAUUCAAACUUGCCCAAGAUGCAUAUGGGAACUAUGUUGUUCAGUAUGUAAUAGACUUGAAGAUACCAAAUGCAAAUUCAAGUCUUGCACAACAGUUUGAAGGCAAGUAUAUCCACCUGUCCAUGCAGAAAUUCAGUAGCAAUGUUGUUGAGAAAUGCCUGAAAGUCUUCAAGGAGGUUGACAAGGCCAAGAUCAUACUAGAAAUCCUCGCCACGCCACACUUGGAGCAAUUGCUUCAGCACCCUUAUGCAAACUAUGUCAUCUACUCUGCUCUCCAGAAUUCCAAGGGUUCACUUCAUUCUGCACUGACAAAUGCAAUCCGACCUCAUGUGGAACUGCUUAGGACCAGUCCAUACUGCAAGAGGAUAUACUCUCGAGCUUUGCUGAAGAAAUGAUGAGUUGAUGACAGGUUUUCAGCUUGUAACAAGAACGAUUGCUCUCUUGUGAUAUUUGUUUUUUUCAGUUUCAAAAGGCAUAAAGAUGAUCACAAAAUAGAUCUGUAUAAAUUAGUAUUCUUUGGUCAUGUACUUCUACUUGUACCUGUAAUUGAUGCACGGCUUGUGCCUGGUGCUGCAUGAUCAUCUGGGACAGAAUAAAAUUCAAUCGAAAGUAUUCUACAAACUAUUUCAUAUAUAUGUAAUGUUUUACGUUGUUUAUGGCUGCAAA